AUGAUGAUAAAUAUACGUGGUGUGUGACCAAGACGAUUAAAGAACAAGAAAAACAGCUUGGUAUUUGAACUAACUUGAUCAAAGUACAAAUGAAUGUUGGAGGUCUGAGAAAUUGAUUAGAAGAUCAGAAACUUUUCGGAAAAAAAUUAGUUUGGACAAAAAUUUUAAAUCUGUAGAAAUAAAAGGUGAAAAUAUACUAUUUAAAUUUCAAUUUGAAAAAUUAAAAAAAUUGGAAUUUUCCGCUUCAAAUUUCGAAUCUUCUAAUUUUUGGGCUCAAAAUCACUUUUAAAGCCAUAGUCCUAAUUUCUCAAUAUUUUUUUUGCAGAAACUUCACUGGACCUUCUGGAACAGCGGCGGCUUCUCCAGAUAUCAAUCGAUUGGCUGAAAUGUUUGGAAAUGCUGGAUUUGGUGGUGCAGCUGUGAGUUUUUUCCGGGAUUUUCUGGACCCUUAGAUCCCUAUUUCUGUUUCUUCUCCACACAAAUCUAAAAUUCACACAUAAUACGGUAUUAUUCAUGAUUGAGAUAAUUUGAAAAGUGUGCAUGCAGCUGUACAAAAAAUGGAACAUACAAUUAGCUGGUGUCUUUCUCUCUUCCAUGCCUGGCAAAGUGUAAAUAAUAGAUUUUUGAAAUGAUUAAUUAUUUCAAUCUUGCCUCGAUUUUUUCAAUCGUCCCCCCUCUCUUUUUUAUUUUAUUUUAUUUCUUCUUAUUUGAAAAGUCCCCUUUUUUGUUGGAAAAAGAAGUGAUGAGUCGGAAGUUGUCGUCGUCUUUUGAGAAAAAGCAAAAAGUGUUCUGAAUUAUGUACAACAUUUUUGACAUGAGGAGAUAAUGUGAGGGUGAAAAAUAGAGGGAAAAUUGGAGAAGGCAACAAUUAUCAUAUACGGUAGCUCGGAAACAUUGCUCAUUUUAAGCGCUAGAAAAAUUACUGGGUUCUAUAUGUUUCAAAAUUUUCAUGAAUGAGUUUUAGAAUUUUUUAGCACAUUGCGUCACAGUUAAUCUCACUGACAUUUAAAAAUAUGGUUCAUGAGAAAAUCCUGGAUGUUAUAGGUUUCAGGAAAUGUUCAAAUUGUUUUUUGAUCAUUUUUCAACAGUACAGUGAAUAAUUUUAGAUCUUGAUCGAAAUUUCCUAAUUUUCUAUGUUUCAAAAUAAUUUGAAGGGUUAAAAAAUUUUUUAUUUGAAAUUUUCAACGAUUUUUCCGUGAAAAUUUGGAAAUUUUGAGUUUUAUUGUUAGUCAAAAAUUCCAAAAAUCACCUUUGAAAUUGUAAAAAAUUUACUGUUUCAAAAUUUAGUUAACAGAAGAAAUUUUAAUUUUUGAUGCUUCUAUUCACAUUCAUGAUGGAAAUAUUAAAAUUGGAAAAAAUGUGUUGUACUCAAAAUUUCUAAGUUUUUUUGUUGAGGAAAAAUUUACUGUUUCAGAAUUUUUAGUUAAAGAAUUUUUAAUUUUUAUGCUGCUGAAUUUGUCUAUUAAAAUCUGUCAGAAAUUGUUUUAGGAGAAAGUGGUUCGAAAAAUUGUCACCUCAAAAAUUCUGUUUUUUGUUUAAAAAAAUUCACUGUUUCAAAACUUUCAGUUGAAGAAAUUGUAAUUUAAGCGACCGAUUCCAACAAUAAACUCUAUAUGUAAUUUUAAAAAAUCUAGAUGGUCCCUAUAUUUUCCUUCAUUUUUAUCUGGUCCAUAAAUAUGUAACACACUUAAUUUUUCCUCCUCCUCAUCCUUAUUUUCCAUUUUUCCUGACUACUUUUUAUGCUCUUCUUCCCUUCGAGCAUUUUUUGGCUUAUCUCAAAUCUCGACUCAUCCAUCUAAUAAUUUGAAAUUUAAUAAAUCAAAAUGGAAAAAUGAGAAGAUCUAAUAUGUUUUUUCUCGUUGUCGUGUGUUUGAAAAACAAUGAAUUCCCGAGUGUAUCAUUAUUUCUUUUUUUUUUUCCUCCGAAUUUUUUUGGGCAUGUUCUUGUGCUUCUGAAUAUGUAUCGCAUUGGCUCAUCUUCUCGUCAUUCAUUUUCAAUCAAUCACGCAAACAAACACACGAGAAAAUGUUGGAAUUUGGUUUUUUUUGGUGGUCAAGAUGAAGAUGAUGAGCUCUUUUUGCUCAUUUUCAAUUAGUAGAAACAAAAAAAGAGAAAUUUUUGGCCUUGCGAAAAUUCACUGUUUCUAAGGUUGCAAAUUUGAGUUACAAAAUAAUUUUCAAAUAUUCUGAAACUUAGAAAAACGAUCCUGAUUUUUUCCAGAUUUUUUUUCCGAAAAAUAUUGAAGGUUCCGAAAAAUAUUGAAAACAAAGUUGAUUCAUCAAUUAAUAAAUUCCAAGAAAAAAAUUUCAAAAUAUUUUGAAACGUAGAAAAUUCAGGAAAUAAUUCGAAUUUUUUCAUUGAGAUUUUUCAUUAAAUUUCCCCCUGCACAGUAUUUUGAAGUCAAUUUUGAGCCCGUUUUCCUUCUCCGAUGAAACAAAAGACAAUAAUUUGGCCAAAGCAUAUAAAAAUCAGAUUUUUCAAUUUUGUGUCGCAUUUUUUUCCGCGACCCUUUUUUUCUCGUUGCCCAUCCUUCGUCGUUUUUCGUUUUUUAUUAUAUAUUCGACAUACAUGGAUAUAUAUCCAUUUUUCGAUUAAUUUUCAAAUGUGUGUGUACAUGUGUGAAUGAUGGGCGCAUAAAAAUAAAAUGAUAUUAGAAAAGGACACAUUGGCAUGGAGAAAUAGAUAGAUGAAUAUUCUUUUUGAGGAGCAGAAGUUCAUUGUUUUUGGAGUCGUGGAAUGGAAAUCCUCAAGUUCAGUUUGAAAAUUCAGAUUCUGAAACCUAGGAAUAGCUUAGACAGGUUUAGCUGAAGUUGAAAAAAACUUGAGUUUUCCUAGAUUUUUUUGGUCUGAAAAUUGGCUUCGGCCCAUUUUUUUUACCCCAGAAUUUGGUUUUGUUCAAAUUUUAGUUUGGAUCUGAAUUCCAGAUUCUGGAAAAUAAAGUUCUGGGGAUUUCAAAAAGCACAUAUUUCAGAAUAUUGUUAGCUUGAAAAUUCAGAAUUUUUGAAAUUAACUUCUGAAUUUUUUUGAUCUCUAGAAACGUUUGUACGAUUUCCCUUAAAAAUCGGUAAAACUGAAGAUUUGAAGAACUUGGUUUUUUCUAGAAAUUCUGAAAAUUUGGAUUGCAAUUAGGAUUUUCCGCCAGAGAAUUCCAAUUUUCAAAAUUUACCAUAACUCCAAUGUUUCUAGUCCAGAGCUCUAAGUCCCUAGAAAUCCCUGGCUUUUGCUCCAAGCUUGCUCUUUCAUAAUCAAAUUAAUUGUUCCCUUCCCGAAAUUCUUGGCAACAUAUUUAUCCGAAACGAAGCGAAACAUUGUAUAAAAGAGUAUCAAAUGUCAUGUCCCCCCAACCAACAAAAAUGCUAAUCUGAUAUCAAAUUUACAUGAUGCAUUUUAUUGUGUUUGCUGCUAUUUUCUGCCCCCUCCCUAAACAUAUUUUCUUGAUGCUCUCAUUAAACGAUUGUUUUUGAUGGGGGAGGCAUGAGAAUAGGUUGUGUUGUGUAAUAUAAUAGUGCGCGAGAGAUGGGCAAAAUGAGAUAGAAGGGAGCGGAGCAACAGAAGAGGAAGCAAAAAAGAAGAACCGCUUAUACAAUUGUUGUUAAUCUGUUCUUUUUAUGCUGCUUUCUACAAGACAGCUGGGUUUCCGGUCGAGGUAUUAUGAAAUUCGAAAUUGAAAGAGUGGCUAAUUGAAUUGAGCCGCCUGCCUGUUUGUGUGUGUUUUUUAUUAACUAUAAGCGGUGACAGAUGGAAUAAAUAGACUGUAAUGGGAUUCUCGAGCAUUUGAUGUAUCCGCGCUUUAUGAGGGGAGCAGCGGAAGAGAGGCUUUUUUGGAGAGGAUUACUGUAGAUUGUCUGGAAAUCCACGUGGAAUCUGAAAAUUGACGAGGUUUUGGAUUUCUGAACUUCUGAAGUUCUACUUUUCUAGACAUGAUUUUGCGACAAAGUUCUAAACUUGUUCUGGCUCUAGAAACUUAGGAAUGAAGUUUGGAAGCUUUAUAUAUAAUCCUGAACUUUGAUAUCCCGAUUGCCUAGUUCAUCGGAGCUCUGUCUAGAUUGGGAUACUGUAGAUCGCCUAGAAAUCCACGUGUUGACUUCGUUUGGCCAAUUGUUUUCGGAUUUCUGGAGUUCUGAAGUUCUAGUUGAUAGAAUUUUGCAACUCUAGAAACUUGGGAAAGCAGCUUGUACUCUUGAAUAUUGAGAUGUCGUGUGUCUCGAGCCCUGUCUAGAUCAGGAUUUUCAAACUGGAAUGUUGCUUGAUUUUCUGGUGAUUCUGAGCUGAAAUAUGGUUUGAAUUUGACGUUAACAAGUUAUAGAUUUUGUUUUAAUGUUCUCCGAUCUUUCUGUUCCAAUCGGAAUUUUGGAUUUUACCAAACUCUGAAGUUCUAGAAAUCUUGCUCAAAUUUAUAAAUUUGGAAAAAUUUCUUCGGAAAUUUCAAUUCAGUUGACUCUUGUUUUCUAGAAGCUAAAACCAUCCACCAAAAUCCCCCCGUCAUAACUCUAUCAAAAUAAUUGGAAUAUUACAAAAUGGUGCCAAUCCCUCUCUCGUCGCUCAAAAAGUCUCAAUAUUUACACCUUUUCAUUUUAUUUGUUGUGACAUUCGAUCAUCAGUUGUCAUCAUAGAAAUAUCAAUUAAUUGUCUCGUAUUAUCAAUGUUAAAAAUCUUCUUCUUCUUUUUUUUGUUUUUGCUCCUUUCAACAAUCCCUCAUAUCUUCUUCUCGUGACUUCUUCAAAAAAAUUGUCAAAAAAUGUGUUCGUUGUGAGCGCCACAAGAAAAAAAAGAGAGAAAGGUGGCGAAAAUGAAUAGAAACAAAUAAUUUAUUAUCAUUUGUGUGGUGUCGAGUGUUUUUCUCGGAGAUUUAUGAAGGGUGUACAAAGAAAGAACUGGUAGCCAAAAAGAAGUUGUGAUUUAUCGGAUUUUGAAAGACCGCGAAAUUUUUGCACUUUUUGUUGCACAACUCAAGUGGGAUUACGGUGGUUAUAAAUUGAUCGGACAUGUUUCUUGAGAGAUCGGAAUCUUUUUGGACGGUCUAGUCUCCCACCUGACUGUUGCUUGGCUUUUUCCUGAAGCCUUAGGGUCUUUGUAAAAGGGCCGGAUACCUCGGGCCUCCGUGAUUCGAGCUGACUAUAGGCUGUUCCUGACAGUAACUUCUCCGAAGUUUCAAUCAAUUCGGUUCGAACUCACACCUCGGCCAAAAUAGUUUUAACUCUAAGUUUUUACAAGUAUGAAAACUGUGAAUUUUUCAGUUUUGGUCUCUCAAUUUUUUUCAAAAUUGUACUUUGACCAACCACGGAUUGGCCGAGGUGGGCUUCUCGAAAUCUUACAAGUCGGGUAGAGCCUGAUCCCAAGCUGGACUAAGCUCGAGUUGCUCAAGGAUUAGACUACCAGAGUUUGUCUCAUAUUCGGAAGCCUUCAAGACCUUAGGCCGACCUGAAGUGUCUGAAAACUAGGCAGAAGCUGAACUAGAAGCUCUAGUCUUCAUUGAUGGAUCUAGACUUUGCAUAAGUCUUCCAGAACUUUAUCUCGAAACCUCCUAAAUUCUGGGCUUCUGAAAUCGUUCCCCCCCCCCCUGUAGUUUUUGAAAAGACAUAUAUAGGAAAACAAUAAUUUCAAUCAUCAUCAUCUCAUUAAUUAGGGUAUUUUCUUGAGAACAUGUGUGUGUUGGAGCCUUGUUGUAUCACUUAAUGCAUGUUGUCACAACCUAAGUAUGUUGUGGUGUAAUGCAUAAAUUGAAUAAAAGACUCUCUCCCUUCGUGUUUCUCGCGCAUCUGACGCAAAGAUUCUUGUAAUUAUGGAUAAUUCUUCCUCUUUCCCUCAUGUUUCUUCUAUUUGUUUUUAUUAAUAUUAUGAAAACAAAUGAAUAAGAAGGAAAGGAAAGAAUGUUGUAAUUGAACAAUUAAGUUUUUGGUGCUCCGGUCGUUGUGUGUAUGGCUAUAAAAUUGUUUUUGGUUGAAUCCCCCAAGGAAAUGUUAAUUUGUUAGAAGAAGAUGUAUUUUCAAUCAGGAGCCUUCUUUUUCGACGAGUUUUUUUUAUUUUGGCAAAUUGAAAAUUUGGGGUACGGUAGAAUGAACGGAUUAUGGAAACGAAAUGGGAUUGGAAUUAGGUUGGAAUUGAGGAUAUAUAGUUUUCGAUGACAGCUUGACGUGCAUCAAAUGAUGUUUGACAGGUCUAUGUUAUUAUGUAUGUAGUCAGGAGCAUGUUUUUUGAAUUUUCGAGAAAGAAGCGAAGAGUUUCUCAAGAUGCUUGGUUUCUUAGUCAAAAUGUUCUAGAUUCAAACUCCUCGAAUUUAUACGUUUCAAAAAUUUCACAAAAUCCUACCCAGUCGCCAACAAAAAGCUCCAAAAAAUUCUUUCACGCCCAAUUGAUCCACCGUAUCCCUUCAAUUUGUUUCACCAAAAACCGCAACAUUUCGAAAAAUGCAAUGAAAAUAUCCAUAGCUUUUCACAUUCCAAUAAAUCACGCAUCAAUCGGUUCAACACACGAAACCCGUUCGUGUUCCCCCCAUGGUUUUUUGUUGUCUACCUACCGACACACGGCGGUUUACCCUUUUUGUGUGUCGAGUGCUUAAUGAUGUAUUAUGUAUAAAUGCAACAACAGUUGUGCUUUUUUUUAUUAUAUUUUUCGAACGAACAAAACUAAUCAUCUACUCGAUUUAUCAACAAAAACUGAUUGAUCGUGCCGUCAGACAUCAAAAGCUCGCGCGGCUUUAAACUCGCAGAGCAGGUCAAAAUAUUAAUAUUUCGACACAAGGUGCGAAUUAUUAUUAUUAAAACAACAGCCAAAAGUUGUGUCGAAGCUCUUCCAGGAGAGGAAGAAGAAGGGGAAGAUGGAAUUAAUGUUGAGAUGGGAUAAAUUUGGGCAUCAAAUUACAAUUCAAUUUGGACAUUUUUUCCAUGCUUCAGAUAUCAUAUUUUCUUUCUUGAUGAUGAGAAAACAAUUGUAUGUGGGAUGGAUUUUGAAAAUGAAAAAUCAUGAGUGGAAGAUGGAAAUGGGGAUAGAAAUGGACUUUGGAUUUGGGAAACUUUUGAAACAUUAGCUAGAAAAGGUUAUCUGAGAGAAGGCUGUCAGAAAUCACGCCGGUUUUUCACUACUUUGGAUUACUCCGAAGAAGUUUUGCAGAAAUCACAAGAAUGUCUGUUUUUCUGGAAUUUUCAAAAUUCAAACUUUUUUCUGAAAACAAGUUUCAUUUCUUCACCGGAAACAGAAAGGGCAAACUCUCUAGUGCACUAUUGAUUUUUUUCUGAAAAAAAUUGAGCUCCCGCUUUGAAAUUCAGCCCCCCCAAAUCCAACCACAAAAUUCUCAAAUUUUCCAGGCACCCGCCGCUGCUCCAGCCGCCGUCAAUCCCGAACAACAAUACGCUGCUCAAUUGGAGCAACUCCAAAGCAUGGGAUUCUCCAACCGCGCCGCAAACAUUGCCGCGCUAACCGCAUCGUUUGGCGAUUUGAAUGCGGCCGUCGAACGUCUUCUUAACACUCCCAGAUAA